ACCAAAGGUCAACUUUACUAUAACCUAAUCCACUGGUUAAGAAUUGACCAAAAGAAAAAAAACCCUACUUUUCUAUUUGUUGUGUACAUUUAUUUGUAUUUUUUGAUUUUCAAGGUGGAGUUUUACGACAUAAAUGCAUUUAGUGACGAUGAAGAAGUGGUACGGCAUCCAAAAUUGCUUAGACCUAGAACAAAUUUCUUUGAAGAAUAUGAUCAAAAGGACUUUUUUGACCGUUUCCGAUUAACUCGUAGAACAACGGAGCUUAUUGUAGAAGAGAUUAGAGACCUCAUUGAUAGUCCCACAGAAAGAAAUGACUGUUUAUCAGCCAGUGAUGAAGUUCUCCUGGCUUUGAAUUUUUAUGGUAAUGGUUCGUUCCUAAGAACAGCAUCUGAGUUAUCUGGUGUUAGUAAAUUUACAGCCAGCAGAGUUGUCAGAAAAGUGAGUGCGGCAGUUGCAUCGUUAGGAGCACAAUAUAUAUCAAUGCCAGAAAACGAAGAAAUUCCCAUUGUACGCCAAUCAUUCUAUGAUAUAGCUAGAUUCCCAAUGUGCAUUGGAGCAAUUGAUGGAACUCAUGUAAGAAUACAAUCACCUGGAGGAGACAAUGCAGAAAUUUUUCGUAACCGUAAACAGUUCUUUUCAUUAAAUGUCCAAACUGUUGCUGAUGAAAAUUUGAAAAUCAGGAAUAUUGUUGCUACAUGGCCUGGAUCAUCUCAUGACUCGCACAUUUUCAAAAAUUCUAGAUUAUACCAAUCAUUCCAGAAUGGAUUAUAUGGUAACUCUAUUAUAUUGGGAAAUAGUGCUUAUGCUUUAAAGCCGUACCUUAUAACCCCCCUUCAAGAAGUGAGAACCGAAGCAGAGGCCUUAUUCAACGAAUCCCAGAUCAGAACGCGUAAUGUUGUAGAGGAACAAAUUGGAGUUUGGAAGCGUAGAUUCCCAGCACUUUCUAUGGGAAUGGGAGUAUCUUUAGAUACAGUGCAAACCAUAAUAGUUGCUACAGCUGUACUCCAUAACAUUGCAUAUGACGAAAAUGAACCAGUGCCUGAAAUGAAUGCUGAACAAUAG